GGCGCCUCAACGCUAGGGCGUGUGCAAAUAAAAUUUAUAUUUUUCUCGCGCCCUCCAAUUAAAUCGUAAAAUAGAGCAAGGUGCGUUGUAAAUUAAUUUAGUUGUUUUCAAAACAGUUUUGUGAUUUUGAAACCUAGCUGGCCUUUGCGAUAUAAAAUUGUCAAGGGUAGAUAACGCUGGCUCAGUGUGAGGGUUGCAGCGCCAUGAGCAACAUGAAAGCGGUCGUCCUCCUAUUUUUUUGCGUCGGCACCUCCCUUGCAUUGCCCACGGACACAACAGCAGUUGCUCCAAACCCCGUGCCACAGUUUUUAGCUCCAAAUCUGGGAAAAUGUGAGUGUGUAAAAAAUCAAUGCGGAUGCUGUGCACUCUACAACGUAAAGGAACUUAACUUCAAUCAAACUGGAUGCUUGAAUUUCACGUACGUUCCGGCCGACUUUGCAAUUCAAUUGGAUCUGCUUCUAUCAAACUCUUCCAUUUUCCAGGCAAGGAUUUCUGGCAAAAAUCCGCCUGCUCUGUGCAUCCCUCUGCCGCCUAUGCCAAUUCUCUCAAUUUGCACCCAAUUGUCCAGCGUCUACACCGAUGACCAGUAUCUGUACGCCUGCCUGAAUAUGCAGCUGCAAUUCUCUGGAAUAACCCUGGCAUCAUUUUCCUUUGACUGCGCACGUUUUGGCCAAAACGGAAUCACGUUUUUCAAACCACCACCGAGCCCCCCUUCGGUAAACGGGCAGUUUGAUUUCAACUUUUCGCUAGCGAAUUUGGAGCAAGCCCUCAAACAAGCAAGCAGUAAUAGUACGCGAUGACCUAGUCUUUGAAUCCGCAGCUAAAUUUUAGAAACUGUACACGAAAUUGUCAAAAACAAAAUCUCAUUGAGGCAACUAAUUUUAGUGAAUGAAAUUGUUUGUCGAUCGUUUCUUACAAU